AUGGAUUCCAAUGCCACUGUGACGCCGAUCGCCAGGCUACAGAUUCAGCCAACAGCGUCGCAGAGACUGGAUACAACAUGGGCGACUGCAGUAGCAGCAUUGUUGUUCCUAGCGAUCACGACCCGAUUCAUCAGUGGCUUCCUUGGUACCUCGAAGCCUGCUCAGAAUGGCUCCAGAAGUGUACCGAUGCUCCCUUACUGGAUACCCAUCCUCGGACAUAUACCGCAAUUCAGCUUCUCGCCGCAGAGGAUGUUGAACAAAGCACGCGACACGUAUAGAAGUGGUGUUUUUGCACUGAACCUGGGCAGCACGACUCACAACAUCGUCUUUUCACCUUCCAUGGGCGGAUCGUUGAUGAACCAGAAACACUCGAUUGCAAAUAUGGAUUCGGUCGGAAAGCAUGUCAUGACUGCCGUGUUUGGUUUCCCAAACUGCAAAGCAUCCAUGCAAAGAUACGACAGUGCCAUGGACGGGUUAAAUACGUGCUACAAGCAUCUGCUCUCCGAUCCAUCCUUGAAAGAAAUGGUCCAGAACACGAUUGAUGUGACAAAACGCAACAUCGCAAACCUAGUCACAUUCUCUGAGAGCAGAGUUGAUCAGGUAGGAUGGGAGCGAACGAGCAAUGCCGAAACAGUUACCAAAACCAAUGGAGAACAAGUUGUCGAGGCUAGCAUGAUGCAUCUGAUCCGGGACUUCAUCGCCGCCAAUGCCAACCCAUCCCUCAUCGGCUCCGACUUUGUUGACAACAAUCCUGAGUUCUUCCUGGAUCUUUGGGAUAUGGAUAAGGGAUUCAAAUGGCUGGCCACUGGACUUCCCGCUUGGCUUCCUAUUCCUCAAGUCUGGAGAGCAAAGGUGGCUCGCAGCCGUUGUUUUAAUGCCGUUCUUGCAUUCGAGAAAGCUAUGGAAACAACAGCAAACGGACAUGACCCAGGUCAAGAAUGGCAGUUUCUCGAAAACGUCGGUCCUGUCCUCACCGAGAGACUGAAACUUUACCGUCAACUCGACUUUACAAUGGACGAACGAGCAGCCUUGGAUCUUUCUCUGUUGUGGGCGAUGAAUGCAAAUGCAAACAUGCUGGUGUUCUGGAUGCUCAACCACAUCUACGCAGACAAGGCAGUCCUCGCCCAGCUACGCGAGGAAAUUGCACCUUUCGUGCACGCUGUCCGACCGAAACAAUUGUUCAACAUGCCAGAACCGCCUCGAGUCGAUACCUUUGAUCACGAAGCUUUGGCAAAUAAAUGCCCGUUGCUGAAAAGCUGUUAUGUUGAGUCUCUACGCUUGGAUACAGCACCUUGGAGUUUCAGGGUUAUGCAGGAUGAUCUUGUUCUUCCUGCUUCUAGGGACAAGGAUGCCGAGAAGUUUCUGCUGAAGAAGGGGACUUAUGCUCAUAUCGCUCAUGCGAUCCAUCAUACAGACCCUGCUUAUUUUGAUGAUCCACAGAGGUGGAGAGCGGAUAGGCAUGUCAAGCGGGAGCAAGAUGAUGGAGAGGUGUCUGUGAAUAUGGGAACAAUACGACCAUAUGGUGGUGGACAUUCAAUGUGCAAAGGUCGAGCAUUUGCCCAAAAAGAGGCUUUGGUCUUUACAGCCGCUUUCAUCAGCAUGUGGGAUAUGGAGCCUGUUGGAGGUGGUGCUUGGAAACUGCCAGGGUACAAACCUGCCACUGGAGUGUAUAGUACGAACGACGAUGUCCGAGUUUGGAUCUCGCGUCGUGAGAAUUUGCCUCAGGUCUGA